GUUAUGUAGUUAUGCCAUUGAAUUCAAUUAUUAUUAAGCCAAUUUCAAUUCAAUCUAUUUUAUACAGAAAGAAAUCCAUCUCAAAAAGAAAACCAACAAAAAAACCCAAGAAACCGAUUAAUUAUCAUGAUCUCCAAUCUGAUCUAGAUUAUGCUUAUGAUUCCCUUGCCUCUAUUCAAGUUAUUUAUCAUAGUCUGAAGCACACAUACCUCGGCUGUCAAACCAAAAUAGAGCAACACAGGAACAUGACACGCUUAUGUGAUAUGGAAAAAGAGCUUUUGAUUGCUUAUGAUGAUAUCAGUCUACAGGUUACUCAUCUCAAGAAAGAUUUAACCAGAAUAGAAAGAGAAAUGAACCAACUCAAAGUUGAUUCUUGCUCAGAGACUUCUUCCCCUUAACUAUGAAAAAUUAAAAGAAAAAAAAUAAAAAUUUAUAUGGCCAAAAAAAA